AUGUCGGCCGUCGAGGCGCCACCACCAACUAUCCCGGCGGCGACGCUAGCCGCGCUCGACAAGUACAAGGCCGGACACAAGGAUACCAAGGUCGUCGUGCUGUUCAAGUCUAUCGGCUCUGCACCGAUCAUGAAGAACAAUGUAUUCAAGAUUAGCGCGAACAACAAGUUCCACACCGUCAACUCGUUCCUGCGAAAGCAGCUGGGGUUCAAGGCUGGAGAUCCACUGUUCACGUAUAUUAACGGCGCGUUUGCACCAACACCCGACGACAUCGUCGGUAACCUGUACGACUGCUUCCAGACGGGCGAACGGCUCAUUGUCAAUUACAGCAACACGCAGGCUUGGGGAUAG